UUUUCUACCCUACCAAAGACAUGGCUGCGCCCUUGGUCUUUAGACGCGAUUUACUGUCUUUUGCCAGAAUAUUAGGUGGAAUUUCACAGUUGGGACCUCGGGGUUUGAAUUCUUGUUCUCGUCACAGGAAAUGCGGUCAAACUCGCCCUCCAUCUCAACUGCUAUAUGCAUCUCUGUCCAGGUUCCAGCUUCUACAGUCAUCCAGCACUUUCUUCCACACAGCCACACAUUUAUCUUCAACACCUUUUACAAUCACAGCCACAGAUGAGCCUGACACACUCUUCCAGAAAGUGGUUGUUCUGGUCAAAGGUCAUGACAGAGCGGUCUUGGACAGCUACGAGUUCUUCGCCACCAUGGCGGCUAAAGAACUGGGCAUCACUAUGGCCAAAGUUUUUGAGCCUCCCAAGGACAUAGAGAGACUGACGCUUUUGAAGUCAGUGCACAUCUACAAGAAACACCGAGUUCAGUAUGAGAUGAGAACACACUACCGAUGUAUUGAGCUACAUCAUAUUACAGGCUGCACAGCACAGGUGUAUCUUGAAUAUAUCCAGAGGAACCUCCCUGAAGGUGUAGCCAUGGAGGUGACAAAGACAGCCAUGGAGAAAAUUCCAGAUCACAUCCUUGAACCCAUGUGGAAAGACCAUCCUAUUGAUGACAAACCAAGCAAAUAGGUCAUCUGGUGAAUUUUUCUAAGUUGUAAAAAGUUUAAGAAGCUUUAUGUAUAAAGCUAUAUGUAUAAAUCUGCAAGAUCCUCAUACAAAGCUGAUUACUGAUCUUUAGCUACAUAUUUUGCAUACAUUUAUCAGUGUGUUAAAAAUGUGUUACUCUUGUUCAGUUCUAAACCACUUCUGUGUGUCAAAGUUUGUUUCUAAGUAAAAUUUAU